AUGUCCACUCGAACGCUCGCCCGUCGCGUCGUCGACGCGCUGUCGAACGCGCCCGAGUGCGAGCACGUCCUCGCCUAUGGCUCGGCCGUUCUCAGAGCAGCCUCGGUGACGAACACAAAAUCGGCGCUAGACAUCCUGUGCGUCGUGGAGAACGUCCAAGAGUGGCACGCAACGAACGUUCAUCGUAAUCCCUCGCACUACGCGUCGCAGAUGCGCGUGAUAGGUUCGCAGGGAAUCGUAAAAGUGUCUCGCGUUGUCGGGUGCGGGACGCACUACAACGCGCGGCUCUUCGACGCGCGCGGUGAGCCGUUCAAGUACGGCGUCGCGAGCGUCGAAGACGUGGUGCGGGAUUUAGAGCGGUGGGAAUACUUGUUCGUGGCGGGACGAAUGCAGAAGCCGCACGAGACGAUGUUGACGAGCGCGGCGGUGCGAGACGCGCAGCGGGUGAAUGUGCGAAACGCCGCGAACGCGGCGUUGUUAACGCUUCCGGAGUCGUUCAGCGAACUCGAUUUCCAUCGAGCGCUCGUGCGUUUGUCCUAUGACGGAGACGUUCGAUUUUUAUUCGCGGCGGAAGAUGAUAAAAAGGUGGAGCGCAUCGCGAGCGCGAACGGAGACGCGAUGCGAGACAUGUAUGCGGACACGGUGACGGAGCUCGGCGACGCACUGGACGCGAGCUCGUCGACGUGGUGGCAAGAUAAGAGCCCAAGUGCGCUACGUGCGCGCCUGGAGGCGCUUCCAGUCACCGUGAGGGCGAUGAUGAGCGCCGCGACACGCGUGAGAGUUGGAGAAGGCGUCGAAUCGUCAAAGCGAUGGGCCGCGGAGAUGUGCGCGGCGCUCAGUGACGAUCAAGAGCGCGUGGGAUCGACCACACGUGCGUGCCUACGGCAGAUUGUUCGAACGAGCAGCUUGAGGCAAGCCGUCGCAGGGCUUCUUGGCACUUCACCGACGAAGACGGUGGCGUACGUCGGCGCCAAGUUUUACAAGUCUGCAAGGAGCCGUUUUUUUAGCGAGUAG